AUGGAACGAUUAAAUUAUCACAGUGAAAGUGAGUGGAUUAAUUGGCUUGAUGAAGCAAUUAAAAAGGAAUAUAUAAAACUUUUUAAAUUUGAUCAAUUUGAGAAUAUUAAAAUUAUUGGUUAUGGCGGAUUUGGUAAAGUAUUCCGAGCGAAAUGGAAAAAUACGGGAGAUGUUUUUGCUUUGAAAGAAUUUAAAUAUGAUAUGGCCGUUAAGGAAAUCAUCAAUGAGAUCUACUUACAACGUAAAGUCGAUUUUCAUGAAAAUAUCAUACGAUUUCUUGGAAUUACUUGUGAAAAUGAUAAUUACACUCUUUCAAAAAAUAAAAAAUUCAUGAUUGUAAUGGAAUAUGCCGAUGGAGGUUCUCUUAGAAACUAUUUGAAACUUAAUUUCAGUACUCUCAUAUGGGAUAAUAAAUAUCAAUUUGCUUAUCAAAUUUCGAAAGCCUUGGAAUGUUUACAUAAUGAAGAAAUUCUACAUUGUGACUUGAAUUCCAAUAAUAUCUUUGUUCAUCAAAAUAAAAUUAAAUUAGGUGAUUUUGGAUUAUCCAAAAGAAUUGAGGAAAUAUCAAAAUCUGGUUCAAAAAUAUUCGGGGUUAUUCCUUACAUCGACCCAAAUAAAUUUGAUGAACAAAAAAAUUAUAAAUUUAAUAAAAAAAGUGAUGUAUAUAGUCUUGGUGUAAUACUUUGGGAGAUAUCAAGUGGAAAGCCUCCAUUUAAGAAUACGAAAAAUAACGAUCCACAUUAUGAUAUGUGGUUGGUAAAACACAUUAUGGAUGGUCAUCGAGAAACAAUUGUUAAGAAUACACCUAGUGAAUAUAUUGAACUUUAUACUGCGUGUUGGGAUCAAAAACCAAACGAACGUCCAACUGCUCAACAAGUCGUUACGAAACUGGAAGAAAUUAUGUCACAAAAAAAUAAAAUAAAAGCAUCUAAUAAUAUUAUAUCAUCAAAAAAAUUAGAAAUCGAUAAAGCGAGAGACUUCACUCACGAGAAAACUCUUGGAACUAAACAAAUUUUUAGGUUUCGUAUACCAAAACUCGGAAAUAAAGGAUUUAUAACACGUGGUGAAGGAUUGAUUUUUGUAAAGUAA